GUUGACAUUGACACAAUAUUCAUAAUCCACUAUUUUGCUAUGUUUAUUGUUUAGCUACAUGGGCUUAUUACUAAAGGUUACACUGAAGCCUAACAUUUCUUAUUGAUUGUUCCAUUAUAAUUAAUAUUGCAAUAAUGCACGAAGCGUACGAAGUAUCUCAUUUGCUGAACGCAACUGUACAAAUAGAGGCAAUCGCUGCUUAUGAUGGAAACUUGUUAUUGGGUACAAGACAGGGCCAUUUGUUGAUGUACUCAUUAUCCAACAAUAAUGGCAAUCAGAAAUAUGAACUGCAGCUAUUUCGAUACUGUAAAAACUUCAGUAAGAAACCAAUUCAGCAAAUAGAUGUUAUACCAGAAGACCACUUGCUGCUAUGUCUCACUGACAAUAUUAUAUCUUCAUAUGACAUAAAUGGAGUAAACUUUCCAUUAGUCAAGACAUUCCAUGAAACUAAAGGGGCUUCACUGUUUGCAUUGCACAUCAAGUCAGCCACCUCAAUGACUGGCGAAUCGAAUUCCCUCGUACAACUCUGUGUUGCUGUGAGGAGAAAACUGCAAAUAUACUAUGGGAAAAAUAGAGAAUUCAAAAAGCACCCAUUUGAAUUCACCAUACCAGAUGUGCCCAAGGUUAUGGAUUGGGGACUGCAAUACCUCUGUGUUGGCUUUAAAGGAGAAUACACAAUGUUUGAUAUAUCAACCAGAGAGCCAAAGGAACUGUUCCCCACAAGCAGUUCCAAGUCAUUAGAGCCUACAAUAGCUAAAUAUUCCGAAGCAGCAUUCCUGCUUGGCAGAGAUAACACCUCUGUGCUGGUAGAAGAAGGUGAAGAUAUUAAGAUUAAAAAGACUAUCAAGUGGAAGGAAGCACCAAUAGCUGUCGUGUGGGACGAGCCGUUUGUGUUAGGUUUGUUACAAGACCAAGUGAUCGUUCAGACUGUGGAGCCAUCACUAUUUAUACAGACACUACCCGAUCUCAAUAAAGCAAGACUGAUGUAUAGGUGUAAGCGCGGCCUGAUAUUCGUGUCGUCAGUGGGGCAGGUGUGGUGCCUGAGCUCCGUGGACAUCACCAAGCAGCGCCAGCAGCUACUGAAGGACAAGCAGUUCCAAAUUGCUAUUGAUUUAACGAAUUUGUCAGAUAGUUCGGCUGAAGAAAAAAAGCAAACGGUACAUUCCAUACAAAAGCUGUUUGCGCUAGAGCUCUUUGACAACAAAGAGUACUCACAAUCCAUGAACGAAUUUCUUAAACUGAAUACAGACCCGGCUGACGUUAUCAAGCUCUUUCCCGAGUUGGACAAACCAGCUGACAGUCAUAAGAAAGGUACAGAAACUGACGCCAAAAAGAAGGAUCUAGAAAAGGCACUGAAAGCGUUGAUUGAAUAUCUGUUGGCGUUAAGAAGGAAAAUUGGCGUAAAACCGGCAAAAGAGGGCGAGAGUCAAGACGAGUCGACGAGCCAAAGGAAUGUAACGCAACAAUUGGAGUUGAUUGAUACAACGCUCUUGAAAUGCUAUUUACAGACUAACGAUGCUCUCGUAGCUGCUCUUCUCCGCUUAAACUACUGUCGUCUGGACGAAGCGGAGCGAACGCUGCUGCAACACAGCAAACACAGCGAGCUCAUCAUCCUGUACCAGACCAAGGGCCAGCACACCAAGGCGCUGCAGCUGCUGCGCGAGCAGGCCAAGCAGCCUGACUCCAGCCUGAAGGGCUUCCAUAGGACCAAACAUUAUCUGCAACAUCUUGGUUCAGAACACAUUAAUUUAAUAUUUAAGUUUUCGGAUUGGAUACUGAAAGAGUACCCCGAAGAAGGCUUAAAAAUAUUCACCGAGGACAUAGUCGAAGUAGAAAAUCUACCGCGUGCGAAAGUUCUAGAUUUUCUGUUGAGGGAACAUGAAUCUCUAGUUAUCCCGUAUCUAGAACAUGUUAUACACACGUGGAAUGAUACGAAUCCAUUUUUCCACGAUGCCUUGAUAAAGAUGUACAGAGAGAAAAUUACGGAUAAAAAGGCAAAUUCGACCGAGGAGGAACUGCAGCAUAUUAAAUCCAAACUUGUCACGUUUUUGGAAACAUCGUCGCACUACACGCCCGAGAGAGUGAUAUUGCAUUUCCCGAAUGACACGUUGUUCGAGGAGCGGGCGAUCAUUUUGGGCAAGCUUGGGAUACAUGAACAAGCGUUAGCCAUUUAUGUACAGAUCCUUGGUGACGUGGAAAAAGCGAUUCGAUACUGUGAAAAUGUGGGCGAGAAAUCCAAAGACAAAAACGUCGAUGUUUAUGUAAUAUUAAUGAAAAUUCUUAUGAACCCUGAACAAUGUAAUUCUCUUACUGGUCCCCUGGCCAACGUGGCGAGGCACCCGAAGUCUACAGUCCAGGACAUGGAAACUGCUCUCAGUAUAUUGGAGAAGCACGCGGACAAAAUAUCUCCGAUGAAGGCGUUGUCAGUAUUACCGGACGGAGUGCCGCUGGGGCGUCUCAAGUGCUUCCUCGAGAGCGCGCUGGAGAGCCAGCUCACGCUCAAGCGACGCACGCAGGUGCUCAAGGGGCUGCUGUAUGCUGAACACUUGCAGGUACAAGAGCUAAAGCAUUACCACGAGUCGCAGAAGAUUGUGAUCCACGACUACGACCUGUGUCCGGUUUGCAAGAAACGGUUUGGAAACCAGAGUGCGUUUGUGCGUUAUCCUAACGGCGAUAUCGUGCACUAUUCCUGUAGGCUCGACAAGUAAACAAAAAGUUAUCUUUUAUAGUGGAAACACACUCUAUUGAAGUUCUAGUGGUUUCAUACUAUCGUUCCUUCUGCGCGUUUUACGCUCCUUUUAUUUCAGAUAUUUGUUUUACCGUUGGCGUCAAUUUUGAUUUAUUUCUCUUAACUAAAUUUAGAGUAUCUGCAUCUUUUUCUUUUUAAUAUUGAUAAAAAAGGGCGGGAAAUGAAUUUUAAAUAAACAACUUAAAAUUUUAGUGUUACUCUACUUCCAACACAAUGCUCAAGUUUGGCACCUAAAAUCUCAACGUUUGACAGUUUUAAACAAAAAAAGUUUGUCUGUCCUUUUCUCAUUACAAUGAUAAGAAAAAGAUGCGAAUACUCUAAAAUUUAGUUGCCAUCAGAAUCUGUAGGUACCACUGUGGGUUUCUGAGUGGGAACUGUGGAUUCAUUUACUCAUUGAAAAAGUUAGACUUACUAAAAUCAUUAAAAACCACAUUUACACACUACAUUCCAGCACCAUUUUAACUGAUAUAAAGAUAGGGGUAGGUUCUCAAUUCGAUGCAUAAUAAUUUUUCGUAGCAAUUUUUUUUAAUUUAAAAUAAAAAAUCCUCAACGUAAAAUUAUGCCUUCUUAAUCUUGGAAGUUCCUCGGAAUUUUCUUAAAGAUAAACGAUUAUUUCCUUAAAACCUUUUAGGCUAAUGCAAUCGAAUCGCGCUUGAAAUAAUAAAUCGAAACGUCUUUCAACAGUUAUCGACAAAUUGGAUCUUCGAUUUGGCAGCUGAUAUUUGGGUUAGUUAUUUAUAUCUAUUAUCAGCUUUUAGGGUCAAUUCACACUGAGAUGGUAGCGGUUUAGUCUUGCAAAUAUUGACCGGUUGCACUAAACGAGCCUCGAACACUAGAGGAAAUUUCCAGACAUUUUUGAAGGAUUUUAAAGAUUUUGCGUGGACUUCGUCUAUAUUGGUGUUAGCUGGCGGGCGUGCUCUGCCUUUUUGGAGUGUUUUUUUUUAAACUGACUGGAAAGCGCUCUAAGGGGGUGCCGUGCGUAUGUCGGCGAGCGCCGGCACAGACGGGGUCCAUACUUGUAUAGUUUAACUAACUUGUUACAAAUAACUACAAACUUGACAUUGGCUAAUCUUUGUAAAGCCAGACAAGAGAGAAAAAAAAAAGAUUUUGCGUGCAAUUUAGCUUUGAAACUGUUCGUCGCGUCGCCUCAGGUGGUACAUAAACUUUAGUAAAUGAGUAAUGAAUCUUUAGUGUGGUUUAUUUAUUAAGUGCUAUCUAUGACUUUUAUUUAUAUUGUAAGAUCUAAGACAUUGUACAGAUAAGUGUAAAAUCUUGUAGUUUUACCUCCGUAAAUAGGUACGCUACUGUUGUUUAUAUAUUUUCGAUGGAUGUUCUAAAUAAUUCUAAUCUUGUACCUAUAUUAGUAAAAAUAAUAUAAUAAUAUGUAAUCAUUGUGUAUAAAUAUUUUUAUUCUAAAGUAAAUUUUUUAAACGAAA